AUGAGAGCUUGCUUAUCAAGCGUCUGCCCGAACACCCUUGCUUCGUGCAAGUUGCGAUGCGACCCUGCUGGGCCUUUUCGACUAAGGUCGCGGCGACGCGUCAUCAUGACGUCAGCGACGGGAAGACGGUCAUCAUCGAAGGCCGUGGUUGGCGCGGCCUUCCUGCUGCUUCUCCUCGCCAGCACCUUCGUGGAAACCGCGGUCGCGGUGAGCCGAAAGGACGUGCGGCUCGCGCUGCAGAAGAUUCGACGAAACCCGCGCCUUCAACGUCUGAACUUCAAAAAGUUCUUUCAAAAGUUCGUGCUGCUGGCCAUCAACCAGAAGGGCCCCAUCACGCUCUUCCUCCCCACUGACCCGUACACCAUGUACACAGCCUACUCAGCUGGAUACACAGCCCAAGACUUUGCCAUGCUCGGCAAAAACAACAUGAUCGCGGAGUACCUUCCCUACAAGAAAUUUGUGCAUGCUGCUGCGGGUACAACAUACACCACUGUGCUGGGAGAGAAGGUGAAGAAGUGGGAUGGCAAGCGUACCAAGUUGGUGGCUUUGCAGGCGGCCAAGGGCCUGCCGAGUCUUGUCAUAUGGCCCGACAUGUUCAAAGGAGAUACUCUGGCGCGAGCGGUGACGCGUAUGGACUUCGCGCGCGCGGUCAGCAAGGUGGGCACAUACGGCAGCAUCCUGUUCUACUCGCCGGGUUACAAGCUCGAGCAACUCCUGAUGGAGGCUCGUGGCAUCAAGGGGCCGGUUACCGCGCUUCUUCCUGUUCGCGGGUAUUUCGCCUACACUCGCUCGCGUCGGAUGGGCAAGGCACAACUUCGCAAGGUUCGGCGUUACCACUUUCUCAACGGGACGUACAGUUACGAAGAGUUGCAAGGCUUGAUGCGGUACAGUAAGAUCACGACCAUUAACGGGAUGACCAUAACGAAGAUGAACAGCAACAAGUGGCCGCUGGUGUGGCUGCAAGGGGCGGCUGGCCCUCCAGCCGUGAUUAUAGAGAAAAACUACUACCGGGGGCUGUCUCUCACCAUCCACCUCAUAUCGCGGGUGCUAAAACCGAAGCUGAGAUGA